AUGUCGACCCGCAGCUAUCAGGGAUGUUGGACUUGCAAGCGCCGUCGGCGACGUUGCGAUAAUGCUCGCCCAACUUGUCAAAAUUGUGCACAGCGUGGAGUAGACUGUGAGGGCUACGAGGUACGACUGCGUUGGGGCAGCGGCAUUGCUUCGCGCGGUCGAUUUACCGGCGCAGAUAAGCCACUGGAAGAGAAUGUUCCGCCGAGGCCAAAGGGGAGACGGAGGGAUUUGAGCAGAGAGAGGAAAAAGCUCCAGGCUCAAGCCCAGGCACAGAGAGAUGCCCCGCCUGAGAGCAUGCUGCAGCCUAGACUUCCGGAAUUGUGUCAGGAGUCCAGCGCCUUGUACAAUAUCUGUCUUACAUUCCAACUCUCUCUAUCUGCCACUGACACACCUCAAUUCUUCGAAUACUUUGACACAUCGCUACGGGAAUUUCGGUCCGAAUUAGCUCGGUCUACGACGCUCUCCGAUGGAACACUGACUGCGGGGCUUCUCCUAUGUAGUAUUGGUUUGAUGCACGGAAUGCCGUGGACAAUGCACUUAGAAGGCAUGCAUAACAUCUUGCAAAGUCACACUCCAGAUGAUCCGCAAAGUACUUCGACACCAAAUCCAUUUCGAGCUUACCUCCUCGAAGUUAUGGGAGUCAUGGACAUUCCUUGUCUCGCCGUAGGGCGUCAAGCUCCCUCAAUCGGUAUUUGGCGUCGCUUCUGCCGCCCGACAAGACCGAGGCACGGCAUCGAGCCAGUAACUGGACUACCGCGCUCUCUCUUGGAUCUACUGGCUGGGAUUGAUCUAGAUAGCACAGAGCAAAGUUUCUGGGAUUGGCCCGGAGAAGCGGGGAAUUUCUUGCAAUGUUAUCUUUGGGAAGCAUACCGACUAGCGGGGAUCUUGACCAUCCGCCAGUGUGAACGCCUCAAGAAACCAGUCUCAGGUAACCCUCGGAGCUUGUCAAAAUGGCGACAGCCGAAUUCAUGCCCGGUAGACUCGAGUCUUCUCGUAGCUCGCGUUCUGGCCAACCUGGAUGCUCUUCGCUUGGGAUGCUUGGAGCGCCCAAACGAGGAUCCUUUUAUCAAAAACUCAGUUCUUUUCCCGAUAGUUGUUGCCGGGCUUGAGGCGGGGGUCAUGCGUCAGAAUCCUCAGUGGCAGCAGGCUAUUCGGAAAUGUUCUUUAGGGUCACGUCAAGAUGAAAUUCUUCUAGAGUUUCUGGAGGAAGUGUGGCGUCGUGGCGAUUCUACGCUUGAUAUAAACGACCUGGCCCGAGCGAAAGACAUUGAAAUGGGUCUUUUGUAA